AUGGCCCCACGUAAAAGGAGUGAUAUAUGGAAUCACUUUACUGAAUUAGAAGAUAAUAAAGCCAAAUGUGGGUAUUGCAGUAACAAGUACAGUGUUGCUGGUGGAUCUUUUGGCAAUUUGAGACGCCACUUAAAAACUGUACAUCCCGCUGUAAUAAUAUCAAAAGCAGUAGUGACUAGUGAUGAAAGUCAUGUAGAUGAUCCUGCAGAUGAUGGUCCACCAGUAGAAACAUUGAUUGUUCCUGGUACUAGCGGUGUUAAACCAAGCCAACCUACUCAAAAACAAAGUAGCAUUAUGCAUUUUAUGCAAAAUAAGAAACCUAUGGCAGUCAGUAGAUCAAAACAAAUUGAUGAGCAGGUUACAAAAAUGAUUGUUAAAGGAUACUAUGCGUUUUCUAUAGUGGACGAUAAGGAAUUUCGAAAAUUCGUAAAAAUGUUGAACCCUGGAUACGAGCUUCCUUGUCGCCAGACAGUAUCUAAAAAUCUAGUUCCAAGAUUAUACAAUUCCACAUUAGAAAAUUUAAAAAAAAAAGUUGAAACUGCAAGGGCAGUUUCAUUAACAACAGAUGGAUGGACUUGUAUAAAUAAUAGGAGCUAUAUUGCAGUCACAGCUCAUUUUAUUGAUGGUGACGGUACAUUGUGUUCCGUUUGUCUUGGUUGCGAAUAUUUUGACCAACGGCACACGUCAGAUAAUUUAGCUGCCUUUUUAAAAAAAAUAGCAACUGAAUGGAAAUUGAAUAAUAAAGUUGUAGCCAUUGUUACCGAUAAUGCUUCAAAUAUUACUAAAGCUGUAGGUCAAUUACAUUAUCGACAUAUAGGAUGUUUUGCCCAUUCCAUUAAUCUUGUUGUUCAACACUCUCUUGAGAAUAUUUCGGUUAUAGUAUCUAAAGUAAAAAAAAUUGUUGAAUUUUUUAAACGUAGUAGUAAUGCAUUAGUAAAACUUAAUUCAACUCAAUCUCAAAUGGGUCUACCUACGUUGAAAUUAAAACAAGACUGUGUGACCAGAUGGAAUUCGACAUUUGAUAUGUUGAAGAGAAUUGUUUCCAUUAAAGAUGCUGUAAUUUCAACUUUAGCUGUGUUACAAACCGAAAUUGCAGUUUUAACUCCAGCUGAAUGGGAUAUAGUUGAAAAGGCCAUUGAUGUACUGCAAAUUUUUAAUGAAGUCACCAUCGAAGUCAGUUCGGAAAAAACAGUGUCUGUGUCAAAGGUAAUAGUUUUAGUUAGUUCUAUGUUCCAGACUAUAGAAACUUAUGUUCAUGAUAUAUCUUUGCCGUAUGAAGUAAACCAAAUGGCCAUUUCUCUGAAAAAUCAAUUGAGGAAAAGGUUUAGUGACAGUGAGGAAAAUGAAAUAAUGGCACAAGCCUCAAUUUUAGAUCCGAGAUUUAAAAAAUAUGGCUUUAUGAGUGAUAACAAAUUUAAAAAUGCUUUUUCUCUUUUGAGAUCACGUUUAGGAAAUAUUCGCUUACCAUCAAAUCAAAUAGACAAUGCUGAACAAACACCUUCCAUAUCAACUCCAUCUCCAUCUCCUCCAGUAUCUCUGUUGUGGAAAGUCUAUGAAGAAAAGGUAGAACAAUUCAAAGCCACUCAGACAUCAACAGCAUCCGGAAUAAUAGAAUUGGAUAGAUAUAUGCAAGAGCCAUUAAUAGAUCGGCAUGAGGAUCCUUUGAAAUGGUGGCAUGAACGAAAACAUAUAUAUCCUCAUCUACAUACAUUUGUCAUUAAGCGACUCUGUGUGACUGCAACUAGUGUUCCUUGUGAAAGGAUAUUUUCAGAAGCUGGCCAGAUUAUUACGUUAAAGAGAAACCGCUUGGAUACAAAAAAAGCAUCACAACUUAUAUUCUUACAUAAUAAUUUAUAA